UUUGAACUUAUGUUGUCAUUAGCAUCAUAAGUAAUCGAAGGUUCUGGCGCGUGCAUUAAUUUUGAGUUAUAACGAAUUCAGCAGUACAGUCUACUGUAAAGAUUUCAAUUUAUUUUACAAUUUAGUGCGAGAGAACUUAAAAAUGGGGAGUGAGUUUGAGGCAAGAAUUAUAAAAUUGUAUGAGGAAGGAAAGCACGAAGAAAUAAUUAAACUGAGUGAUUUUUCGGAGUGUGAUGAGGUGAGAAGAUUGCUGUGGGUAUGGCCGAGCUUCAAUGAUUUGAAGUGGUUGAAAAAAAUUAUAACAGAUUUAAAGUUUAAGGGAAUAGUUAGCGUUGGUUGCGGCACUGGGCUUCUGGAAUGGAUUAUUCAACAAUAUUUAAAUUGUGAUGUAAUUGGAAUAGAAGUGGAUGAACCAUGGUGGCAAAGUAAAUACUCCCCGCGAUGUUAUUUAAACAAAAUAAUAUUUACUUCAAAAAAAAAACCCGCAAAUAUUCCCCCAGACUACGCACUUUUAUUCUGCUACUUCAAUAACAGCGCGGCAUUUGAAAGCUACUUGACAAAUUACUCUGGUCAAUUAAUUCUAGUGAUAGGUCCCGCGACGGGCACGAACCGUCACACAGACCCGCUGCCUUUCGACCGAAAAUUCGCGGCUCUGAAGUGGAAGUUACACGACUUCAAGAAACUGGACAACGGCAUCGACUUGAUCGCGGCCUACAUCCGAAUGUAAAAUGAAUCUCAACCUAAAUAUUUAACUCGCUGUAAAAAAAUACUUGAGAUGAGGGAAAAUACUCUAGAUCAAAGAGACUGUAAUAUGACAAUAUAAAUGACGUGGGCUCAUUUGAGUUUGAAAAAAAAAAUAUUUUUUCCUGCAAAACUUGUUGGAGACAGUAACGGUUUCUUUGCUCAAAA